UCUGAAACAAAUCCUCACCACAAAAACAUGGAAAGUAUUUGCUAUUAUCUCACUCUCUGACUACAAGAGAGGAGGCAACAAUGGCUUUCACAAUUGCAGCACCCACACCCACAGCGCAUUUUAGUUGUUUGUGCUCUUCAAAAAACACCCUUUUACCUUCACCCUUCGAACCUCUCAAACUCCCUCGUUUAACCCCUGCUUUCUGGCCAUGGCAAAAGGUAAAGAUGGGUCCACUGACUGUAUCUCCGAUGGGUUUUGGUACUUGGGCAUGGGGCAACCAGCUUCUGUGGGGAUAUCAAGAAUCAAUGGACAGUGAGCUUCAACAGACAUUCAAUCUAGUGGUUGAGAAUGGUAUCAACCUCUUUGAUACGGCCGAUUCUUAUGGGACUGGAAAAUUAAAUGGCCAAAGUGAGAAGCUUCUUGGCAAGUUCAUCCGUGAAUAUCCAGGACAAAAACGGGUGCGGGAUAAUAUUGUGAUUGCUACAAAGUUUGCUGCAUAUCCAUGGCGCCUGACACCUGGACAGUUUGUGAAUGCUUGCAAGUCUUCUCUGGAUAGAAUGCAAAUUGACCAAAUUGGAAUAGGGCAAUUGCACUGGUCAACUGCCAACUAUGCUCCUUUGCAGGAGUCAGCACUUUGGGAUGGUUUAGUGGCAAUGUAUGAGAAGGGUUUAGUUCAAGCCGUUGGAGUAAGCAAUUAUGGUCCGAGGCAGCUUGUGAAGAUACAUGAUUACCUUAAAGCUCGGGGAGUCCCCUUGUGCUCAGCUCAGGUUCAAUUUUCUUUGCUAAGUAUGGGAGAAGAUCAGAUGGAGAUCAAGAAUAUAUGCGAUUCACUCGGCAUCCGCUUGAUUUCUUAUAGUCCUUUAGGGCUUGGAAUGCUUACCGGGAAAUAUACAACCUCUAAUCUUCCACAAGGGCCCCGGGGCCUACUUUUCGGACAAAUUAUUCCAGGGCUGGAGCCCCUGUUGAUUUCACUAAGAGAAAUUGCACAGAAAAGACGGAAAACUGUACCACAGGUUGCUAUCAACUGGUGCAUCUGCAAGGGUACUAUCCCCAUACCUGGAAUUAAGACCAUAAAACAAGCAAAAGAAAAUUUGGGCGCUCUUGGUUGGCGACUCAGCUCAGACGAGGUUCUUCAGUUAGAAUCUGCAGCACAUGAGUCUCCCCGCAAAAUGAUCCAAAACAUUUUCCAAACGAGAUGAAAUUUGAGAAACAAGUUAUGGUAGAAUGCGUUCGUGCGGAAGUGACAUGGAAUCACAAAAUGCAACCAGGUGGAGAUGGUCUUGACAAUGUAAAAAUGGGAGAACAGUGUUGCAGAAGUUAAUUCUAAGAUAGAUAUGUAAGUGAAAUAUUGAAAUUGGUGAAAGGUUGUUACCAAAUUCAUUUCGUUGUCUUGUUGAAUAAAGAAGAAUAACAGAGAAGUGAAAUGUUUAGUGGAAACUACAGUUUGUCGAUACUAGCUGUCACAAGAUGAGUUCACAUUUGGCCUCAGAUUAUACUCUGAACCUCAUUUGGUGAUUGUGUAGGCUGCGGUAGGUCACCAAAAGAUUUGGCUGUGCAUGUUUGUGUAUCUAAUGUCUCACAACCUCCAAAACACACAGAGAAAUCAUUAUAUGGUCGCAGACCUUAUGUUACAAGGACCUGCAGCAUAAAUUAAUGUAUCAGUUUUAUUCAAAUUUUUACUUGAAUUGGUUUGGAUCA